AUGUCAGGAAAACUGUCUAAAGCUGAUUGCGACAUUAUUGCACAACAGAAAGACAACAAUCUUGAGUCCGAUCAAUCGGUUGCAAGAAAUUCGGGCAAGACAAGGCCCAGAAAUUACAAGAUGGACGAGUCAAGGUCUAAUAGGAGAUCCAAUGUGAGAAGGAAGAAUGUUGAUAACGAGUCUAGUUCUUCGGCGAGAAGGAACGAACAGUCCGACAGCGACUACGAUUGGUGGAGUCCUCCUCAAGGGACGUUACAAGUAACCACAGCAGAAAUGAAUCUCAGGUGGGAUCAAUUACAGUGGAAGCCUCACAAGGACCACUUCUUACGCGGCUCCCAGGAUUGGGGAGUUUAUAAAAAUGACGUGAUGUUCGCUUUGCAGUCGGUAGGGUAUGUUAAAGGGAUCAAAUUAACAAACCUAGAUAAAGCAAAUUUCGGAUCAAUGAUCAGGAGAUCAGUGACCGAUAACCCAAGAAGAAUCAUUGAAGAUCUAAGCAGCGGGUCGGAUAUGAUGAAAUUACUCAACAAGACAUAUCAAUAG